AUGGCUCCGAGCCCUUCUGUCCAGCGCACGGCACCCAUAGCCAUCGCGCCCAAACCCUCGCGAACAGGGCCAGCGCCGCAUCGUCAACCCGGCGUGCCGGCCGGACUCGAGGCCGAUCUGCAGACCGGCGUCACCCCGGAGCCGAAGUCCUUCCCCGGGUCCCCCGUCUCUGCCUGCCGGCCCCAUCGCUUCCUCGGUACUGUUUGUCCACCCAUGCCCGGUGACGACGACGACGGCUGCGUGCCCUGUCAGCUUAACGGCGCCGACUGCUGCAUAUCCGCGAGUCCUCGGCCUCGCAAGCGGAAGCUCAACGGUAACUCUUCUGUCCACGAGGCGGGCUCGAGCAAGCGAAGUUCUCCGGGCAUGCCCGCGCGACGACUGCAGCACCACUCGAACCUCUCCAGUCCCGCCGGCAGCAGUUCCUUCCUUGAGGAGAUGGCAAAUGUCGGCGGUCCAACCCUGCUCAAGAGGACGUUGGGCCUUCAAAACGACCGAUACAGCCAAUACAUUGGCCCCACGACCGAUUUCGAGCCGUCCCUCAUCAACCUCUCCACCUUUGACCCCCAGGACGAAAGCCUCCUGUCCAGGGGCACUCUCCGCAAAGUCAGUGACGACGAGACGUUUCUCAUGCUGCCGGACCAUGCAACGCCGGGAUUCGAGCACAUGAUCGAGGAUGUCGACGCCAUAGAGGCCGUUGUCGCGCCACACGGACGCAAGCUCAUUGAUAUUUACUUUGAGGUGGUGCACCCGGCGUUUCCCAUCGUCCAGAAGCACGUCUUCCUCGAAAAGCACGACCGCUCACACAGGGAGUUCUCGCCGCCGAUCCUUGCCGCCGUCUACAUCCUGGCCAUCAACUGGUGGGAGCAAUGCGAGACGCUGUCCCGGCUGCCCCGUCCCGACGUGCGGGAGCUGGAGAGGCUAGUCCGAAGCACGCUGCAAGACGCUAUGAAUAGGCCCAAGCUAUCCACUAUUCAGGCAGGCCUGCUCCUGUCCCAACGUCCCGAAGGCGACCAGUGGGCUCCCACCGCCCAGUUAGUCGCCGUCGGCCAGGAGCUCGGGCUGCACCUGGACUGCUCCGGCUGGAAGAUUCCCCCGUGGGAAAAGGGCCUGAGGCGGAGGCUCGCCUGGGCGCUGUACAUGCAAGACAAGUGGGGGGCUCUGGUGCAUGGGCGGCCAUCGCACAUCUUCUCGUCCAACUGGGCCGUUCGGGCGCUCUCGGCCAACGACUUUCCCGACGUCGAAUGGGACGAGAACAACCCGGACGACCGACAGGACAUUGAGCAGGGCCGGCAGCUCUUCACGCGCGCGGUGCAGCUGUCCGAGAUCCUGGCCGAGAUCCUCGAUACCUUUUACACCCUCGAGUCAACCAACACCAUCUCGCACGCGGGCUCGCAGGCAACGCACUUGGUUCUUUCCAUGGCGAAGCCGGUCCAGUUGAAGCUCAAGGAGUGGUAUGGCGGGCUGCCGGCUUCCCUUCGGCUAGAGUCGUACUCGACGAGCAGCCCUCCGGCGACACAGGCAAGCCCCAGCAGGUGGUCGAGCAUUGGCUAUCUCCAUCUCGCCUAUUUUGCCACCGAGAUCACCCUCCACCGGCGCAUCAUUCGCGCGCUCACGUCGAACCCGUCUUCAGUGGAUCCGUAUAUUCAGCACAUCUGCCGCAGCGCCGCCAAGGCCCGCCUCAUCUCCGCCAUGGAUUUUGUCAACCGCCUGACGCCGGGCCACUUGCGGUCGUUCUGGUACUUUGCCUCCAAGGCUAACUUCGCCCUGAUCGGGACGUUUGGGUCCCUGCUGUGGGCGACGUCUCCCGGGCGAGAGGAGGCCGACUGGUAUCGGCGGCGGCUCGCUGAGUAUCGCUGGACGCUCUCGGUCAGCUCCAAGCCGGGCGGCGGCAAAAGCUUUACAGAAUUCGCAAUGACCAUGCUGGACAUUUCGACUGGGCUUCUAAAGCAGCUGCCGGAGAAGCCGUCUAUAAGCCGUAGUGUCAGCCAGGUGGACAUGGCGGCUCCUCCUGUUCCAUCUCCGCUGCACGCAUCUUUUCCCGGGUCGUUUAGCGGUGGGGGCACCGGAAGAAGUAUGUUGGACCGGUUUGGCAUCAUGGCCAGUUCCGAUUUCAGCGGCGCGCAGAGCCCUGUGAGCGCCGAGUACACCAGCGAUGACGAAGUUGACGACAGAUAUGCGACGCGGGCGUGA